AUGCUCGGUGUCGGAGCUAUGUUCUUGCUGAUGCUCGCGGCUAUGCCUGCGGUGCGCGCUUCUUCUGCGACAACGGAGGCGGAAGCGGCGGGGGGUGGCCGCUGGCCGACGCUCGUGAACGUGACGUUUCCGCUGAGGCUUGCGGUCGAGCCCGCGUGUGGAUCGUUGGCCGCGACGGGGAACGCGACGCGGUUUGCGGAGGUGAACGCGGGCCUCGUGUUAGGCGCGACGAGGACGGUCGUGGCGUUUGGGGAUAGCUGGACGUCGAACGGAGCGAACGGCACGGUGCCCGUCCCGCCCGUGCUGUGGCCGCCCUCGCCGUCGGCGGGCUCGCGGCUGACAGAGAACCGGCGCGCGAGCAACGGCUUUAUAUGGGUCGAAAACAUGGCGAACGCGCUCGGGGCGAAGCUGCUCAAUUAUGCGUGGGGCGGCGCGGUGAUCGACAAUGCGGCGUAUAACACCACGAACCCUGCUGUCGGCGGGACGCCGCGCACGGAUUUCAUAGCGGAGACGCGGCUGUUCAUGCAGCAAGGCAAAUUCCUGGACGCGCUCGUCCCGAGCGAGACGCUGUACACGGUCGCUUUUGGAAUCAACGACGAUGGACAGUUCGAGCUAGGAGGAGGCGACUACGAUAUUGCGUACGAGACUUAUGUAGGCAAGCUGGGAGAGCUGCAAGCCGCGGGCGCGAAGAACAUACUCGUGCAUGGGAUGUAUAAAUCGCACGCGGGGACGGACGCGCUGCAGGACCGGGUGUUCGCGUACCUGCGCGAGGCGCGUGCGACGAACGGGACGAACGUCGCGUUUGUGGACUUGCAUAGACUGUUUGGCGCGAUCCUCGACGACCCGGGUGCGUUCGGCGUGGGCGGGUGCGAUGAUCCGAGUGUGGAGGUAUUUUGGAUUCGGCACCCGUCGGCGACGACGCACGAGCUCAUCAGUCUGUACACGAUGCGGGUGUUGGAGGUGUGCGCAUCCUGA